AUGGCGGUUCCGGCUGAAAUCCGCCAGAAAACCCCAUCAGAACCACCUUCGCUGGCGUCGCCGCCGCCCGCGUCAGACUCGAGUCGCACCUCCCACGCUGCGGACGACGACGGCGACACCGAGACGCAGAGCACUUCUGCCGCCUCCGACUCGCCUUCGACGCCUGCCGAGGCACAAACCGUCGACGGCGAGCACGUCGUGGACGGCGGGGCGCAGGAGCCGCCAGCAGAAGCCACUUCGCCUGAGACGCAGCCGAGCGAGUCUGCUGCGGCGAAACCCGCGUCAAGUACCGCCGCCAAACCAAAGUCCACGAAAGCACCCCGCCCUCCGUCCCCCACGCCGCCGCCGCCUCCGCCGCCGCCCCCGCAGGUGCAGACGAUCCGCUUGAAUAUCCCGCUGGGAGGCCCCGAUGCGUACGAGGUCGACAUCUCGAAUUUGGCCAAGAGCCUCGGCCAGCGCUCGCCGACACCGCCGCCGCCCAAGAUAGACACGAGCGACAGCGAAGGGGACGACGAGGCGUCAGGGAAGGACAAGGGCAAGGACGAGAAGAAGAAACGGAAGCGCAAGAAGAACCUGGGCGGCGAGUACUAUGACCUGACGGAUCCGUUCAUCGACGACUCGGACCUCGCGCUCGACCAGCGCACGCAUUUCGCGCAGACGAAGCAGCAGGGCUUCUACGUCUCCAGCGGCGAGGUCCAGUUACUCAAGGAAAAGACUCCCAAGAAGCCAAAGUCGAAGAAACUACCCCUGCUGCCCCUCACACACCCGUCCAUCUCCGUCAAGCGCGAAGACAGCGCGGUCGCCGGACCCAGCAACGUCUCACUAUCGGCCGUCAAGGACGGCACGCGCGACACGCCGAUCCCCGUCCUGUCUGACAACGAGGACGACAGGGCGGGGCUGAAGCGCAAGACAAGUCUGCACCUCACCGACGGCAAGGGCAAGAAGAAGCGCAAGACAGCCGACAUCCGGCCCUUCCACCCAGAGCUCGAGCGGAUGAUCGAGGAUCUCAAGGUGGCUAUAUUGAAGGAGUCGUGGGACGUCAAGGGCAAGUUCCCGCCGGCGAUCAAGCCCAUCCUCGCCCAGGUCGCCAUCAAGGCGAUCCAGCUCGACGAGUACGACGACAACUUCUUCAACCUCCUCCCACAGAUCUUCCCCUAUAACCGGUUUACGAUGGCGAAGCUUGUGAAGCGGACGAUCUUCCAAGACCACAUGCGGCUGCUGGCGGAGCGGCAAGAGGUACUGCUGCAUGAACUCGCUGAGAUGGCUAGGGAAGGUUUUCCUCGGGCACAAGAGGAGUGGGAGAAGAGCGUGGCGCAGUGGGAGAGACGGCAGGAGCGAGCUAAGGCAGAGGCAGAAGCGAGCGGGGUUGGUUCGACGGAGGGCACACCGUCAGUCCCUCCUCCGCACCUUCCGAGUCCAGACGACAGUCAUGUCAAUGGCGACGCCGAUCACGAAGGUGGCAAUGUCAGUGUCAACGGUGCGGGUAAGGAGGGCGGACGGGAGCCCCAUCCGCCGUCCAAGAAGUAUCGCCUGACCGACCCGAUGCGCGUGAUCAUCUGGAAUCUAGUGUUACUCAGCAAUGAGAGCUGUAGAAUUGAGAACGAGAAAAAUUCGUUGGAGAACUCGCCGUUGCAGGUUAGUGAGCAGGGGUUACGGAAGGUCCUAUAUCAGAAGAUCGUUGCUGCCUUCCCGGAAGGGUGGAUGUCUUCCGGUCAAAUCUCGAGAGAAGUGAGCGCGAUGAAGAAGAGAUUCGAGAAGGAAGCUAUGGAGAACGAAAGUCAAUGAACCCUCCCCUUGCGGAACUUGCUAUCCCCUUGUUUGAUUGCUGCAUCCAUUCUUCGUGAACCGCCUGUUCAUCAAUAUCUUAUUCUUUCGUCCUAUAAGGCUGCUUUGAUCCUCGCUCUACCUUAUUGUAUUAUUGUUCCCUGUAGACCGCCAUCCCCUCCGCCCGUGUUGUUACUUUUCAUGCCGUUCUUAC